ACACGGCUCAGCCCGUCUCAGCGCGGCUCAGUACAGCCACUUCAGGACGCAGGGGAGGGGAGACACAAGCGCACGCAGCCAAUGCUGCAACGUACACACACACACUCACGCACACAAGCACAGAAAAUCACACAGACAAACACUCCUCGCCCUCUCUCUCUCUCUCUCUCUCUCUCUCUCUCUCUCUCUCUCUCUCUCUCUCUCUCUCCCCCCUCUCUCCCUGUGGUGCUCGACUCCGCACAGCUCCUUUUACUCAUUUGCUGCCGAUUCACUCGCUCGCCUGUCUUCUGCCAGUCGCUCUGCCUUGCUGCGCUCUGCCUGCCUGCCCGAGAAUGGUCCAGCCGGUGCCUGGGGGUCUGCUGUCGCGGCCUGUCUGAACACACGCAUAAACACAGAGUCAAUCGGCACGCGGAAGCGAACACACAGACACACGGGCACAGACCGGAGAGCAAUGUGAGAGCACCAGGCAGGUCGGCCUCCUCUUUGCUCCUCCCCCUGUUCUCACCUGGCGCUUAGCCCAGAAUGUUGCUGCAACUACGCAAGCUCUCAUUGGUCCCCGCUCUCACACCGCUUUGCAAGAAGGGAAAUGACUAACUGCUUCUCCCUCCUGCCCUGCCUCGACUUCCCCUCUGCUUUCACUCUCUUCCUUUUACUUCACCUCUGAACACAUUUGCAAUGGCGGGCUUUGCUGGACUCCACUAGGAAGUGCCUUCCCUGAUGUCUGCUGCAGCUUUGACCUGCUUCUACAGCUGAAGCUCCACCCCUCCUCCCCCCCCUCCCACCCUCUCCACCCCCCCGCCGCGCUCGCUUGCUGCCACGGUAACACGAGUACAAGGACAGCGGCAAAAAAUCCACAUCGCGGCCUACGCUCCGACCUGCUCGUCCAUCUAUCCACCCACCCACCCACACACCCACUCCUCGCAGCAGGGGGCCUCCCGCCUCGGCUCUGCCAUCGGCCCGCCACCAGCCGACCAGCCUUACCACAGCAGCUCCAACGCACCACGCAGCAUCUCACCCACCUUGCCUUUUAACCUUUGCCUUCAACCCACAAGGCCUGCGCUCGGUCCUUCCGGUAGCAGGCUAUACCCAGACUGUCACCCUUGUUGCCUGCUUCACUGCAUCUAACCAGAGGGCUCUCGCCCUGUGCGGCUGUUUGCCUCCUUGGCUUAUGAAUGCUAGAGGUGAGUUGGUCGUGCGAGCAAAGUCGGGCCACGAGCGGCACCACCUCCGUUGUUAAGCUGACCCCGUCUCUCGGAUACAAACGCGCCUGCUGUGGUUGAUUGAUUGGGAAAGAUUCCAAUAACAUUCGUCCUGCAACAUUUCACUUCACGGAAAAAAGGAGCCCUUUCAAUCGAUUCCUUUCAACGGCACAGACUCUCACAACAGAUUCAGAGAAAUAACUUAUUUUUGGAUUAAAACAAUAGAGGUACUUUAUUCGCGCUUGAACAGAUUUCAGCUCGGAAUACCGAUUGCCAGCGUGUUGCCAUGGCAAUGAACAUGGCACACAUCCGCGACACAAAGUGGCUGACGCUUGAGGUAUGCCGGGAGUUCCAAAGGGGCACGUGCUCCCGCUCCGACCAGGAGUGCAAGUUCGCUCAUCCGGCCAAGAGCUGUCAGGUGGACAACGGUCGGGUCAUCGCGUGCUUCGACUCGCUCAAGGGCCGUUGUUCCAGGGAGAACUGCAAGUACCUGCACCCGCCUCCGCACCUAAAGACCCAGCUGGAGAUCAACGGCAGGAACAACCUGAUCCAGCAGAAGAACAUGGUCAUGCUCGCCCAACAGAUGCAUCUCGCCAACGCCAUGAUGCCCGGCACGCAGCUACCACCUAUGGUGAGAGGACACACACGUAUGAACACACUACAGCUGCUGCACACGCCCAUGUUCUCGAUGGCGCCGGGCAUGGCCACCAACGCCGGCGCGGCGGCAGCAGCCGCAGCCGCAGCCUUCAAUCCCUACUUGAGUCCCAUGUCACCAGGCCUGAUGCCCCAGGAGAUAAUGCCCAGCGCCCCUGUGCUCAUGGCCUCCAGCCCCAACGUCGGCCAAGUCCCCAACGCUGCCGCUGCUGCGGCCCAGAAACUGCUGAGAACAGAUAGACUUGAGGUGUGUCGGGAGUAUCAGAGGGGCAACUGCUCUCGGGGGGAGACCGACUGUCGCUUCGCUCACCCCUCAGACAGCACCAUGAUCGACACCAACGACAACACCGUCACCGUGUGCAUGGACUACAUCAAGGGCCGGUGCUCCCGGGAAAAGUGCAAGUACUUCCACCCGCCGGCCCAUCUGCAGGCCAAAAUUAAGGCGGCCCAGCACCAGGUGAACCAGGCCACAGCCGCCGCGGCCAUGACUCAGUCGGCUGUCAAAUCACUGAAGCGACCCCUCGACGCAACCUUUGACCUGGGCAUCACCCCUAGUGUCAUGGCUCCCAUGCCCAAGCGGGCGGCCCUGGAGAAAGCCAACGGGGCCUCUGCCAUGUUUAACACCAGCAUGCUCCAGUACCAACAGGCUCUGGCCAGCAUGCAGUUUCAGCAGCAGGCUGCUUUCCUUCCAUCAGGCUCAAUAUUGUGCAUGACACCUUCAGCCAGCAUUGUUCCCAUGAUGCACGGUGGUAGUCCAGCCUCUGUGUCUGCAGCCACCUCAUCUGCCACAAGCCCCUUCGCAACUGCCUCCACCAAUCAGGACUCUUCCUUAUCAAAGUUGACUACCAACGAAUACAUGCAAUUGAUCAAACGAAUGUGUGCUGGCACCGUCCAAGCCAAAAGAGUUCAGCCUUUAUGUACAUAACCUUCAGAAUGUCAAGCCACGGGGCGAGGAGGGUCUGCCAUCUCUGAGCCGGUCCACGGUGAUGGUCUCAUCACAUGGGUAAACAUCUCCGGUGCAACACGUGACCUUGUGCCAUCUUCCCACAUAUCAAUGUCAAGAAGAAUCUGUUGUCGAAAAAAUUCAAAGUCCAGCUGGAAGAAGAGGACAUCUUGGUGCCGGGGGUCAGUGUGUCUCUCCCGCCUGUGGGAAUAGUUCACAUUUACACCUGUGUGUCUGACUAAAUCAUAACACUCAAUGGGUUUUAAUCUUUAGCACUACCGCAUGCACAGAAGGUCAAGAGCGUGGUUGCAGAAUAGCAACAUCCAGUGCUGGUACGUUAGCAGGCCAAGGUUUUCUUUCCUUCCUUUUUUUAAAAAUUUGUUCUGCUUUGUUAUUAUGUUUUUAUUGAUAGCCAUAUUUCAUAGUUUUCAAGUCUAAUGCAAACAUGCAGUUUGAAUUUUGAAUUGAAAUCUGAAAAGGCACAAUGAUUUUACCAGGAAUUUUAUUCGCCAAAAGAAUUAGGCAUGUACAGUGUUGUGUUUUUUACGGCUACUAGUGAAACUAGAUGCUGAAAUGAGGGACUUGGACGUAUGAAUGUUCUGGGAAAACCAACAUACCUGUGUACCUUGACAGCCAGGCAAGCUUUUCUCACCUCGUCAUGUGCCAUCAAGGCCGAACAGCUAAAACCAGAGUGUUAUCUCAGCAGUGUUAUUUGUUUACUGAGGGUAAAAGUUCUGUAUGGCUUUUUUUGUAUUGUUUCGUUUUCAAUAUCCCAACAGUGGGAGGGGUUCUUUUUUUAAAAACUUCGUUUAUCUAAAUAAUCAGUUUUACAAGUGGGGUUCUUGCCAAAUAUGGUUUUAAUUUUUUUUCCUUUUGAAAUCUAAAUUUGAAGUUUGGGAUUAAGUUGUUGCUCGAGUCCUUUGACUAUAAAGCGUGGUGAAGCAGAGGGUGUAGCUUCAGUUGACACCGUGUUACCUUGUUCUCCCUCGUUUGAAGAGGAGCAACUCUGAAACUGUGCCUCCAAGAAGCACUGAUGAGCCAUCGAAGGGGAUUUAAAACAACAGACCUAAAGGUCUAUUAGGUCAUUUAAACCGCAUGUGCACUUGAAUGAAUAUUUGUCUGGUCACCCCAGUUUUAAUUUCACCACUCAUCCCAUGUGAACUUUCGCUUUUGAGGAAAAGCAGCAUUCUCUGUGUUUGUAUUUCCGAGCAAAGUGCAAAGGUUCCCAUUCACUCGUAGAUCUGACUACACAAACCAAAGCACAGUUUUUUCUCUCAAUCAUGCUCACAAAUGGUUACGGAAGCGUCACUUAAGAGGCUUAGUUGAGGAAAAAUGUUUAUCAUCUUUCAUUUAUCAUCAAUUUUAUGAUCGCAUCUCUCUUCUGUUUUCACAGAGGUGUGUAGUGUGUCUUUACCGAUUGUAAUGUACCUAACGAAGCCUUAGAUUACAAUUAAUGGGUCCCGGCCCAAUCAAAUGUACUUUCAAUCACCGUGCAGGUAAAGAACACCAAUGAUGUUUUAUAUUUCUGUCACGUGCCGCUUAUGAUCUCUUUUUUUGUUCUUUAUCUUCAUGUAAAAGUAACAAUUGCUCUCUUAAAUUUAAUUGAACUCCUGUGUUAUGUACUACUUAAGGAUUUUAAUCUAUUUGAGGUAUGUAGUUGUAGAUUUUCUUUUUGUUGUUUUUGCCUUACUAUAUAUUACUUGACGACAUUGAUAUCGCCGUAGUAGAUUUUGAGGUAGUAUGACGUUCAUAACUUUUCAAACCAUAUAAUGGAUAAUGUGUUGAGUCAGUUUUAAAUAUUCACUUCUUUCAUAGAGCUGGAUGUUCUUUUAUUUCAGAUGGUGUUACAUUGUCAGUUAAUUUUGUGGAUGAAAGACUUUUUUGAUACAAGGAAUGAGAUCAGUUGAUUUGCUGCCACUGCGGCAUCUCGGAGCAGACAAAAAAACAACUAAUGUUUUAACCAACUUAAAUUUUCCUUGUAACAUGUCAAGAUCAUGUUUGAAAAUAUAUUGUAUUGAAAUAUAGAUUGUCCAUGUUUUAGAGUAAAAAUUAUUUUCUACUGUAUCCAUUUAAAAAAAAAAAGAUAUGUACUUUUGUUGGAAUAUUUCUUAAGUUUGCCCUGAAUGUCAGGCCAAAACGAGCAGUGAGGUUGACGGGUUUUUGGAUGUUUGUUGGAUUGUGAGAUUAGGAGCGAGAAAGCAAAGACUUUUCCUGACUGGAGAGGUCAGUGAUGCUGCAGAUAAUGCGUUCUAACCUAAGGGACGAAGGUUGACUUUUUGCACUUCUGUAUAUAGUCAAAUGAACAGAGAAAAAAAUGUGUAUCAUAUUGAGAUAUUAUUUUGAAUAAAAAAAGAUCUAUAAUUAUAAGGAAUUUUGUUAGAUUAAUUUAAAUUCUUGAAUUAGAAGACCAGCUAAAAUAAAUGCUUGCGGAGAAGGGCACUAGUUUAAAAUCGCCAAUGCAUUCAGAGAAAGCUAUGCGCUUUUUGUCUUAUUUUAUCAGUAGUAUUGCCAGGGAAUGUCGAAGGGGAAUAGAUGUCCCCGUGUCACGCUUACUCCGCCCCUCCUGUGGGAUGACAUAUCCAAUAAUAUGCAUAUAUCAUUGGUUAGACUUGGUCAUGCAGUAUUGAUGCUCCCAUGGUACAGUUGAUUCAUUAAAAUUUCAUGAUGUGUAUUUUAUUAUAAUUUGAUUUGACUGCAUGUAAAAGUAAAAACAUGUAAAGAAAAUACAAUGCGUAGUAAUGUAAAGAAUGAUAACACAUUCGGAUUACAGAAUACAUAGAAAUAUGUUGUUUUUUCUUGUGUGCAAAUUACACGUAUGUUAGAUAACAUCCACUGCGGGGAGAAAUAAUACUUCAAAAACAAGUCAUCUUACUCUUGUGUGAUAACAAUGUUUUCCAUGCAAAUGUGUUCUUUAAAGAAUGAUCAAAUAUUAGCACUCAUCCACCCCAGAUACUUUCUCAUAGCCAUAUAAUUACAGUGGACACUGACUCACGGGAAGAACUUCCUGCUAUCUUAGCUGUGCACUCAGCAGGUGAAGGCUCACCACACCAAAUGCGUAUUUGGCCAAUUAGUCGUUGAGAUGAAUGUAACAGCCCACUGGUCGUCAUGUUUGUGACCCGAGGCUUCUGUGUUUAGUUGCUAUAGAACCAAAGCACCAUUUUCUCCGAGCCAGAUGUUCGGUCUGCUGGCUGGAGCCAUGGUUUCUCUUCCCUGCUGGGGGCACGUGUAUGCUUUGACUGCUUUUUACUUGUAAGUGCAACCAUUCAAUUAUGUAUUUGCUUAACAGUUGCCACACAAUAAUGUACUAUUCUGUCUUCGGAUUUGUUUAUGCAUAUUUUAUUGUUGCCAUAAUUGACUCUGAAUCUCAAAUCUGAAUAAAACAAUAUUUGAUUUGCUCAUGCAA